CAAACCGCUGUGCGCCUUGUAAAUCGCUAGCACAACUGCGUGCCCGGGGCAUGCUAGACGGCAUCCGAGCAGCCUGCGGCGAUGCGCGCCCGUGCCAGCUGAGGCCGCUCCAGCUCUUCCUCGCGUGGAACGGCGUGCUCGUCCUCGUCUAUGAAGGCUUUCCAGACUCGCUGGCGGGCAUCAAAGGCCGCCUCGCGCCGCGCUACGGGAGAGAGAACUUUGGAAGCCGGUGGCCCAAGACGACGCUCGCGGCCACGUCUGACACGGCGCCCGAGCUCGCUCUUCCCGAGCUUGAGCGGCUCAGAACGCUGUGCGUGGCACACAGCGCGGGCCUGCCGUCAGAGCCGGUGCCGGUGAAGGGUGUCGAGGUUGUCGAGUACAAAUGGCGCAGCCUCGAGGCAGAGGGCGCGCCGCAACGAGCCGCAAUCCCUCUUCCUGGAGGCGGAGGCGCAAAUGGCGGCAGCUCCGGCAGUUCCGUGGGCGAGGAGGAGCGCGAGCGGGUGUGCGGCUUAGACGAGCCCGAAAUGUACCCGAGACUUGCUCGAGAUACGGCCGAGAUGUACUGGAGCGGCCGAGGUGUACUCGAGAUACCACCUAGUUGGCCGGGUGCUGACCGGACGGCGAGGCGCUUCGGUGUGAAGCCGUCUCUUCACAGCAGCAAGGUGUGACCAGGUCCGCUCUGUGCUGUCAGAGUGGGACGACACGGCCGCGUACAGGUCAAAAGCCAGUCACACGAGGAGAGAGCGGUGUUUCGACAGUGUGGCGCACGUCCUAGCAGG